AGUCUUUGUUGAGAUUUUGAAGAAAAAACAUCUUUAUAAAUUUUUGGUUUUAAACCUUCUAAAUAAUUUCUAUUUUAUGUUUAUAAAUUGUAGGAAUAUUAGAAUUUUUUUUUAGUAAAUAAAAGUCUUUAAAAAUCUUCAAAGAAAAAUUCUUUUUUUCAAUAAUUUCCAUUCAUUUUACGUCUUUAAUUAAUAAGACACGACAAAGAGCUGGAAUCAGGUUUUUAUUUCCAUCUGUACGGAAGGAGAAGAAGAAAUUGCCAAAAGUCAUUCACUUUUGCUCCAAAGAAACAAAAAUAAAACUAAAAAUGGAAUGUUUUACAUCACCAUGUGCAAGUUUAAGUACAGGAGCUGCAAAUCAGUUCCUUGAACUUCUUGUGAACUAUAUGAGCCUUUCUAUGUGUUCCCUUUCUCCACCUGAGAUGUGGCCUGCUGAUUAUGGAGAUAUUGCCAUUAGAAAAGGUUUUGGAAAUUACGAUUUUAUUAUUGUUGGAGCAGGAUCAGCUGGAUGUGUGCUAGCUAAUCGGCUUAGCGAAAAUCCAGAUUGGAAAAUUCUUCUAUUAGAAGCUGGAGGUGACCCUCCAAUUGAAGCAGCUAUACCUGCUCUAGCUUCAGCUAUGUACAAGACACAGUACGACUGGAACUAUAACACUGAAUCAAAAGAAAACAUCAAUAGAUACGCUACUAUCUGGCCUUUGGGAAAGAUGCUAGGAGGUUCUAGUUCAAUGAAUUUAAUGGCUUACGUAAGAGGUAACGAAGAUGAUUACAACCGCUGGGAAGCUCUUGGGAAUCCAACCUGGGGAUUUGACGAUGUUUUACCGUACUUUAAGAAAUCCGAAUGUAAUCGUAAUCCUGAAAUCGCGGACGCUUUUGGGGGCUACUACCACUCAACUGAUGGCUUACUUUCUGUUCAGCUCUGGAGUGGCAACAAUUCACUAACCAGCGACAUAAUUGAAGCAGCUAGGGAGUUGGGAUAUCCUUUUGUACAGGAUGUAAAUGCAAACAGGCAUACCGGCUUUACAUUUCUUCAAGCAACGAUUAAUGAUGGAAUUCGUGCAAGUACAGCUGCAGCAUUCUUAGUUCCUGCCAAGGAUCGACCUAACCUACAUGUAGUCAAACAAGCGCAUGUUCUUAAUUUGGAGAUUGACGGCAAAGGCGUAGUUUCCGGAGUUAAAGUCCUUCUCAGAGGGCAACAAGUACUCAGCGCUUAUGCUGAAAAAGAAGUCAUUGUUAGCAGUGGAACUAUAAAUUCCCCUCAAAUUCUCAUGCUGUCUGGAAUUGGGCCAGCUGAUCAUCUUAACGAAAUGGGACUCCCUGUUGUAAGUAAUCUGCAAGUUGGUAAGAACCUACAGAAUCAUCCAGCUAUACUUCUAGCUCUAAAAGUCGAUCCAGACACUCCGGCUGCAUCAGAAACUGACUCUCUUCAAGCUUUCUUUCAAUACCUAACAGGACAUAAAGGACCUUUCAGUACAAUUAGUUUACAAGGAAUCACAGGCUUUGUAAAUCUUGAAGAUCCCCUGGGAUUGUAUCCUGAUUUCCAAAUAACUCAUACUUUCUUUCAAAAAGGACAACAAAGCAAUGCUGAGGGUUUUCUCAAAUCCGUUGGGUUCAGUAAUUUUCAAUUUGUGGAAAAAUUAGGGGCUGAAGUGGAAAAAUCUGGCGUUCUUUUUGUUUCUCUCGCAUAUCUUCAGGAGAAAUCAAGAGGAGAAGUUUUGUUGCGUAGCGUUGAACCUGCAGAGAAGCCUCGGAUCUUUCCUAACAACUUAUCUGAGGAAUCUGACGUUGAAAUCUUACUUAAGGCUAUACGAUGGUAUUUACAAUUCCUGAAUACGGAACCAUUCAGAUCACGUCAAGUUACUCUUCUCGAACUCCAACUUCCUGAAUGUCAAGGACUAGAAUUCGGUAGUGAUGACUACUGGCUUUGCUACUUGGAGCAUUUAAUUAGAACUUUCUCCCAUCCCGUUGGGACUUGCAAAAUGGGCCCUGAUUCCGAUCCUGACGCUGUAGUUAAUUCAAGAUUGCGAGUUAGGGGAACUACUGGGUUAAGGGUCGUUGAUGCUAGUAUCAUGCCCUAUAUUGUCAGAGGAAAUACAAAUGCCCCAACAAUUAUGAUUGCAGAGAAAGCAGCUGAUUUUAUUAAAGAAGAUUGGGGCUUUAGUGUUCAAUAAUUACCUAUCUAUAUUCAGAAUUAUUUCAGAGAUUUAAAAGCAAUAAACAGUUCUUAUGUAGUCUGAAGAAGUCUGUUAAUUUCAUGGCUCAAUCAAAUGUUUGUUUUUGAAGCAAAUAAACUCUAUGCUUUUCUUGCGACAAAAA